AUGAAUGCCAUCUGUGUUUUGAGGAAUGACAAAGAGUCUUUCGGAAAAAUCAAGUUUUCCCAAGAAAAGGACGGGGCUCCUACCACUUUGACUGUCGAGCUAGAGAACGGUGCUCUGACUGAAGGCCAUCAUGGAUUCCAUGUACAUCAGUUCGGGGACAAUACCAAUGGUUGUAUUUCUGCUGGACCCCACUUCAACCCCUUCAAGAAAACUCAUGGAGGACCAACGGAUGAGGUGAGGCAUGUGGGAGAUUUGGGUAACGUUGCAGUUGAUGGAGCCGGAAAAUGCACAACUGUGAUCACUGAUCCUCAAGUGUCACUUUUUGGAGCUAACUCCGUCAUCGGUCGAACUAUGGUUCUGCAUGCUGGAGUUGACGACCUUGGCAAAGGUGGUAAUGAUGAGUCUCUAAAGACAGGUAAUGCUGGAGGACGUGUAGCCUGUGGAAUCAUCGGGUUCUGCUCCUAA